AUGGUAAAUUAAAAGUAACUUUUACAAAAUAAGUUAGAAAUGAGGAAUUUCUAGAUGAAUUUUCUGCUCCAAAUCCAAGAAAAAUUAAUAGAUCUCCAGGUCCAGCUAUUUAUGCUGAUAUUUAAUUCAAACCUAAUACCAAAUUAGGAUUUGUACCAACAUCAAAAAAAGGUGAUUUAUUUAAACCAAAGGAAGGACCUGGGGUAGGUGACUAUUCUAAAAUUAUUCCUUUCGGAAAGAUUUACAAUAAACAUAUAAUAUCUAAGAGAUAAUUAUUUAAAUUUAGAGAUCUUAAUUAAUUUGAUUUUGAAUAAUGA